GGGGGCAGCCAUUCGGUGUCGGAGGCGCGGAGCUGCAGGAUCGGACUUUUCAACAUCUUCCCGGGAAACAUCCACCUUUUACCGCGGGGACGUGGACGCCGCGGGAAGGAACCCCUUUUCCCGCUCAAGUGUUGCAAAGUUGCAGCUUCGAAGAGUCCAUGGAUGGAAUAGUCCUCGAGGACUGAUACUCGCAGUACUAGUACUAGUUAGCUAGUAGUAGUACUAGUAGUAGUACUAGUAGUAGUACUAGCUCGACAUUCUGCACUUUGUGAGCAGCAAGGAGGCGGCAAUGGCGCUCGUGCUUGCGGGGAUUUACGUGCUCUUGUCGGCGCUGCGCGUCCAAGACGUCCGUGGUCAGAUGGUGCAGAUGGACUCGGGGAAGUCUGGCUUCGUGGGCUCUCAGGUGGAACUGCGCUGUGUGUUCAUCAACAGCAAGCCGCCAGUGAAGAUCUCGCAGGUGACCUGGCAGAAGCUGCUGAACGGAAGCAAGCAGAACGUGGCCAUCGCCAACCCCGCCCUGGGCGUGUCCGUCCUGCCGCCCUUCAAGGAGCGCGUCAGCUUCAAGCAAGCGGCGGUCCGCCAGCGCACGCCGUCACUGGAGGACACCACCAUCGUCUUCAACAACCUGCAGUUGUACGACGAGGCGGCCUACAUCUGCGAGUACACCACCUUUCCUGCUGGCAACCGCGAGAACAUGGUCAACCUUACCGUCUUUGCUCGCCCCAUGACGCGCAUGACUCUGACCACGCCCACCAUCGUGGCCCGGCCCCAGCGCCGCAAGAUGACGGUGGCCACCUGCGUGUCGGCCAACGGGAAGCCGCCCAGCGUCAUCAAGUGGGACACGCGGCUGAAGGGCGAGGCCACCUUCCAGGAGACUCGCAACCAGAACGGCACGGUGACGGUGCGCAGCAACUACGUGCUGCUGCCUGGCAGGGAGACGCACAAGCAGAAGCUGACCUGCAUCGUGACGUACCGCAAUGAGAGGUUCUCCGACAGCGUGGUGCUCAACGUGCAGCACGAACCCCAGGUGAAGAUUGAAGGCUUUGACAGCAACUGGUAUCUAAACCGUCAGAACGUGCAGCUCACCUGCCAGGCCGACGCCAACCCUCCUGUCACCGUCUACCAGUGGAAACUCUUGAACGGCUCUCUGCCCAGCAACGUGGAGAUCAGGAACAACAGUUUGUUCUUCAAAGGCCCCGUGACCUACGACCUGGCCGGCACAUACGUGUGUCACGCUACCAACGGCAUCGGCACGCGCUCUAGCAUGGUGGACGUCAACAUCACAGAGUUCCCUAGCAAACCUGCAGGGGGUGACGGUGAGCAGGACAUCGUGGUGGUGGUGGGGGGCGACGACGCGGCGCAGAAGCAGGACUACACGAAUGUGGCCAUCGGGGUGGCGGUGGGGGGCGUGGCCCUGUUAGGCGUGGCCGCCAUGGCGCUGUGGGUGUUGGUGCGGCGCCGCCAGCGCACCUUCAAGGGCGACUACAGCACCAAGAUGCAGGUGCUAGGCAACGGCAAGGCCCCGCCCCCUGGCGGCAUGCACUACACCGAGGACGAGGAGGACGAGGACGACAAGAAGCCCUCGCAAACGGCGGGCGACGAGGGCGAGGGGGAGGAGCUGAAGAGGCCCUACUUCACGGUGGACGAGGGCGGAGACUACGACCAGCGGACUCUGGUCUUCCAGUACGACCCCCGACAGGAAGUCAGCGACGACAUGAUCUCACAGACCGACGGCUCCGUCAUCUCCAAGAAGGAGUGGUACGUGUAGGCUCCGCCCCCGGCCUCACGCGCCGCCGCUGCCUCCUCGUCACCACCCGCACUGCACCCCCCCACACCCCCCUCACCCCCCUCUCUCUCUCACACCCCUCCCUCCCCCACCUUUGGACCCGUGUCACCCGUCUGGACAAACUGAUGUCAGCACACACACACACACACACACGCACACCCACUCACACACACGCACGCACACACACACACACACACACACACACACACACACUGUGUGUGACAUAUAAAAGAGUGGCACUCGUGAAAAGUCCAACACUGAAUUUGUGUUUUGCCAAAUCAUUGCCAUGUUUUUUAUAAUCUUCUCUUUUAUGAAUUUCCAUGUUUUCAAAAGAAUAUUUUUGUAAUCAAACAUUUGCAGAAAGGAGAAAAAACAAGGCGGACGCUGGAAUUGAUUUGUUUUUGUCUUUUUGUUGUGAUUUUGUACUCAGUGUGUUGGUAUUGAGUUGGGGUACUGG